AUUGCAUCAUUGGAGCCAUAAGCCAAAUUGAUCGGCUAAUUCACUUAUAUUACGUUGCCAAAUAUCUUUAAAAUGGAGUGGAGAGGCAUUCUUGCCUUAUUUUUCUUUCUUUUCAGCUGUCUUCAAACAGUAAGAAGUGAUGCAGAAAGUAUAACUGAACAGUUUGACGUUAGACCUGGAGGGGAAUCCCAUAAAGCUGAAAAAGCUCUUGGUCCAUUCAAGUGUACGUUUUUAUACAAAGCACAAGGAGGAACAAAUGAGAAAUGGGAGAUGACGCUUGCAAAGGAUGAGUUUGGAGCCCACUCCUGUACUGUUACUCGACCUGAUGGACCGUCUUACAUCUUCUUUCUGCAAUUCAAGAUGAAGGUUGCUGGAGCCAAACUUCAAGAAGUGGAAGCAAUUGGUGGACAGGAGCACCCUCUAGAACCAGAGGAGUAUGUUGUCAGCAAACGUCACAACGAAGUUCACAGCAAAAAGGAUAUAUUCAAAUCGACUCUCAAGAGACUGACGGUGUAUGCAGAGCAACAUAAAAAUGAAUUGUAACGAUGGUAUUUCUCUUCAUUCUUAUUUUCAAAUUAUACAAAGGAUAUAAAUUUAUAAAGGGUAAUUUCAUUUUUACGAUUUCCUAUCAAAUUUUCUAUGCCUUACAUUCUUUUAUUAAAAAUUGUUCCAAGUAUGGUAGCCAUUCCUCGUAUCCUUCAGUUUUUUUUUGUUAUAAUCUUAGGCUUGAUGAUUUUAAGCUUGCCCAAAAUCAGAGUGAUGGGUUUCCUAUUUUAUGGGUAAAUUUGAAUAAAUGAAUAAAAUUUAUACGCUGCAUUAACAUAUAUGUUAGAA